GCGCAUUCGGUAACAAGCUUGUUUCUGUGCAACAUAACAAAAAAAGACCUGUGGAAUAAUAUAAAUAAGAUAGAAGAAUAAGAAGAUUUUUGCUUAAGAGUUUAGACAGAGAGCUAAUUAUGAGAACAAGAAUAUUUCAUCUGUUUAUAUUAUUCUUCGCUGCUACCACCAGUCUGGGGAUGCAAUGCAGUUUUCAUCCCGGAAAAUUUUUCUGUGAUGGCACCGACGAAUAUGAUUUCAUGUACCAUUUCCACAUGAAUUAUAUUCCAUUACGUUAUAGAAACGAGAACUACGAAGUACAAAUCGUCAACUCUAAUUACUCAGUUAUAGAAAAAAUCAUCAACCCGCCAUUGCAACAUGGAACCGCUGUAAUAACCAAACUGGCAAUUAUAAAUUCUUUCGUACGCCUGGUAAAGGAGUAUGCCUUCGAGGAACUUGACCAGAUCAAGGAACUGGACCUGAGCUGCAACAAAAUCAGCGACAUGGCGUUUGUGCUGCCAACAAGUCUGGAAUACUUAAAUUUGAGUCACAACUACCUCAAAGAGUUGGAUUUCAAUGUUUUGGUAAUGAGUCGUAUCGAUUUUAGUUAUAAUUUGAUUAGCGAACUGCUGCCUUCUUAUCAACAACGACUUUUUUUAUACGCUAAUUUAAGUAGUAAUAAAAUUAGCGAAUUUAAUGAGGUGGAAUUAAACUGCUUUUUCCGUUCAUUAAAUCUUAAUGAUAAUACGUUAAAUAGCAUUACCUUAAAAAGUUAUGAGAAUACAGAUUACAGCGUAAAAAUAAGUCACAAUCAAGUAAAUUCUAUAAAAUCUGACAACUUUAGGGUAAAAAAUCUUGAACUAACACAAUCAAUUUUCCCGUUGCCCCUCACAUCUCGUGGCAUAUUUAUCAACACCAUGUACAUCACAGAUGUACUAACUUUGAAAGACAACAUAAUACCUGUAUUGAACACAGGUACAAUAAAUAUAAAUAAUGUAAAAGCAAAUUCAUGGAAUUAUGAAGAAAAACCUAAGAUAGAUUUUUCAAAUUCAUCCAUAUCAAAAAUCGAGGCAUAUUAUUUUUCGGAAUCAAGAUUCCCUUUAGUAAACCUGAGCUUCAAUAAUUUGGAGAAUUUGAGCAAUAAUGCAUUUUCUGGAAGUUAUAUUCGUAAACUAGAUCUGUCUUUUUCCAAUAUUACUCUCAUAGAAGCCUACGCUUUUUAUGACUUAGAAGCAAACUCAAUUAAUUUAAGAGGGAACAAAUUAACAGUCGUUGACUAUAUUUGGAACAGUGUAACAGUUAAUGAAAUAGAUCUGUCAUUUAAUUUGAUAAAUAAGAUAAAUAGAAAUGCAUUUCUUGGUUGUAUUUCUCUACGUUCUUUAAAUUUAUCCUAUUCCUCAAUACAGGUUAUUGAACCAGAUGCAUUUUAUGGGCUAAAUGAAUUGACAACACUAGAUUUAAGAGAAAAUAAAUUGUCAAGAUUACUUAGUAGUUCAUUUAACGAUCUGCCGUUAACAACAUUGGAACUUACGGGAAAUAAUAUAAAAUCUGUUGAAAGUAGCUCCAUUAAUAACCUUCCAAAUUUGCGAAUAUUAAAUCUUUCUACAUCCGGCAUUACAGAUUUAGACGGAACUGCGUUCACCAGUUUAGGCAGUUUAGAGUUUUUAGAUUUAAAAAACAACAAUGUGAGAGUUUUAAGCAACCUUACUUUUUCCGAUCUACCUGUUCAAAACAUAGAAUUAUUUGGGAAUCCAAUUAAGUCCGUUGGCUACAAAGCUUUUAGUAACUUAACUCACAUACGAUCUAUUAACCUUUCUAGCUUUGGUAUUGAAAAUAUGGAGGAAUAUGCAUUCUCAAAUUUGGAAGGCUUGGAUUUUAUUGAUCUGCGUAAUAAUAAUUUGACGCUUUUACAAAACCACACAUUUUCUGACUUGUCUGUAGAAAGCAUAAAACUGCAGGGAAACAAAAUUAAAUCGAUAGGUUACAAAGCAUUUAAUAAUAUUCGUUAUCUUCAACUUUUAAACCUUUCCAACGUCGGUAUUGAAACCUUGGACGAAAAUGCUUUUUCGAAUAUAAACAGUUUAAUAGAUUUAGAUUUAAGUAACAACAAUUUGACGGUUCUAAGAAGUGGUACAUUUUCACACUUAUCUGUCCGAAAUAUAUAUUUGCAGGGAAACAGAAUUCGUUCCAUAGGUUAUAAAACUUUUAAUAAAUUAUCUUACUUAGAAGAUCUUAACCUUUCAAAUUUAGGUAUUGAACAGAUACACGAAAGUGCAUUUUUCGAUUUGAAUAGUCUGAAGAGUAUAGAUUUAAGUCAUAACAAUUUGACAGAAAUAAAAAGUUACGUUUUUUCCAAUUUAACUGUGCGUAAUAUACAUUUAAAUGGCAACAAAAUCACCUUUGUACAUAGCAAAGCUUUUUAUAACUUAUACAAUUUAAAUAUCCUAAAUCUCUCAAAUUGUGGCAUUUCAAAUUUAUCGAAAAGAUCCUUUCAUCUUUUGCCUAGUAUCGAGACAAUAGAUCUUAGUAGAAAUGGAAUUAGUGUCUUAGAAAGUUUUUCAUUUGAUGAUCUACCAGUAAGAUUUCUAAACUUAAAAGAAAACAAUAUAAGAAACAUACAAUCCAGAGCUUUUCAUAAAUUAAAUCAACUAGAGCAAAUUUAUCUUAAUGGAUUGCAUAUCUCCAAUUUAGAGCCGCUAUCGUUCGACAAUUUACCCAACCUUGAGUUCGUAGAUUUAAGCAACAAUGAAAUGUUUGUACUUCCAGAAAAUCUCUUUCAUGAACUACCAAACCUCAAGACAAUCGACUUGGAUGGGAACAGUAUAAAAAAUACAAGCGCCUUCGAUAACGGUCUUCAGCUAGAGGAACUGAGUAUAACUUUUACAGGGGUGGUUCAAACUAAAAGUAUCCCAAACGUGUAUCUAAGAAAAUUGUUUAUAAAAAAUUCAGACAUAGUAGAACUGCAGAAAGAUUCGUUCAUGGGUUCAUUCAAUUUAAACGAGCUGCACUUUCCUAAUACAAACGUUUAUUCUGUGCAAGGCAGAGCCCUCAACGGUCUUUUUAAUCUAAACUUCUUGGAUUCUCAGACACUGUUCAAACAUGUUAAAAUUUUAAGGAACGAAACAUUUUACGGUUUAACGAGAUUACAGAGCUUAGACUUGUCGAAUCUUCACCUGAAAACCAUAGAACAUGACGCGUUUCUAUCUCUGUACAACUUAAAUAUUUUAUUUUUGGAUAACAACAAUAUUUCGCACCUGAAGACCGGCAUUUUCCGUUAUCUAUCAUCAUUGACAACCUUAAAAUUGUCUCACAACAAAAUUUCGAUAUGUCAGUCCAAUUUAUUCGAAGGUUUGGAGAAUUUAAAUGGCCUGUUUUUAGAAAACAAUGACUUAAAGACAUUAACCAGUUUGUCGUUUAGUGGGUUAAGCAAUUUAGAAGAACUGCAUUUAGAAAGCAACCAAAUCCAGUGGUUGCCUAGGAAAGUAUUCUCUCAUCUGACAAACCUCAAGAGAUUGUACCUUAACGAUAAUAUUAUGACAGAGAUACAGCCUCAUUACUUCAGUAAUCUCGAAGGACUGGCUAAGCUGUCCUUACAGAAUAAUAAAAUAAAACACAUUCCCGCCAAAGCUUUUAAACAUUUAAAAUUGUUAGUGGAAUUGUAUUUAGAUAACAAUAAAAUAGAAUCGGUUGAAGCAGGCGCGUUUUCUGAUCUGCCUAAUUUGUUGGUACUUACUACUUCAAAUAACACAAUAUAUUUUGAUUAUCAAGUCAAUAACAGAGACCAAUUGCAAAUAUUGCCUGACACAGACUCAUACGUGUAUGAAGACCAUGAAUCAAAUUAGUUACCUACGUGUAUCAAGAAUGAUAUGAAAUUUAGUUACAUCUACAUAAUUCUUUUUUUUUUUCUAGUGCUAUAUAUUUGUGAAAAAUGUAUUGUUAUUUUACCAAAUUGUAACAUAUUUUUAAUAGUCAAUGUACUUUUUCUGCAUUAUU